AUGCGUGAGCUGACGGAGACUCCGGUGGGUGUGACGGACAUGAACCAGACCGCGGCAGUGAACUGCACUCCUCCGUACGCUGAGGACCGGGUUCCUCUGGUUGUGCUCUACAGCAUCGUUGUAAUUAUCGGCUUACCAGCAAACGUCACGACGGUUUACCUGACCUUCCUGCAGGUGCGUCGUAAGAACGUCCUCGGCGUGUACCUUCUGAGCCUGUCACUCUGUGACCUGACCUACCUGUGCACGCUGCCACUCUGGGCCGUCUACGUCAACGGGGGUCACCAGUGGCCCUGGAGUUCCGUCGCCUGCAAGGUCACGGGAUACGUCUUCUUCAACAACAUGUACAUCAGCAUCUUCCUGCUGUGUUGCGUGUCCAUAGACCGCUACGUGGCUGUGGUGUACGCGGCUGAGUCGCGCGGCCUGCGGCACCAGAGACUGGCCAUACUGGUUUCCUGCCUCAUCUGUGUGGUGGUUGGGCUGGGCCACACGCCCGUCUUCACCAUGCCCGAGGGCGACGUUGCCAGAGGGCAGCGGCGCUGCUUUGAGCCGGGUCAGAGCACGCUCAUGGUCACGGGCUUCAAUUACGCCCGCUUCUGCAUUGGCUUCUGCAUCCCUCUGGUGAUUCUCAUCUGUACCAACCGGGCCAUCCUGACUAACAUCCAGGCCAGUCCAGGGCUACGACCCAGUCAGAAGGAGAGGGUGCGGUACCUGGCGGUGGCGGUGGUGGUCCUCUUCCUGGUCUGUUUCACUCCGUACCACAUCAUCCUUCUCCUGCGGGCCGUCACCUAUCAUUUCCCAACGCUGCGGGACAGCUGCCCCUUCCAGCAACACAUCUACACCCCCUACACCAUCUCUCUGGGACUGUCCACCUUCAACAGCGCCAUCAACCCCAUCCUUUACGUACUGUCCAGUGACAACAUUCGCAAGGAGAUGCAGAGAGGGAUUAUGGGUUUGCGUGACCACACCGUCCUACAGCAUCGCUGCACUGACAGCAGCCAACACAGAAUGCACAAUUCAAAGGUCUCAUCAGAGGCAGCGCCCACGCAGGAGGAGGACAGAACCCGAGAACCCACAGAGUGCAGAGGUCAGAACCCGUGA